AGGGUAGGCAGCGUGAGGCUCCGGCCGGGGUAAAGGCUCUUGAGCAGUAUUCCGCAGCUCGACCCGCGAUGUAAAGAUGAGCAUGGGGGCGGGGCCUGCGGGCAGAGCGGAGCGAAGACUCCGCGGGAGAAACUAUUGCAAAUCGAAAUUACUAAAUCUACAAGAAGGUAACCUAACAACGGCAACAUAACCCGUAUAGUGAUGCAUUUUAUUUAAGCCCAUCUGUCUAGCUUGCUCAGAUCUUUUUGUGUGCUGAUUCUGUCAUCUGGCAUAUUAGCUGACAUCCCAGUUUUAGGUCAUCUGCAAAUUGGCUAAACAGUUUAAAAUGAGAAAAGUUGAUCUCUGUUUGAGCUCUGAAGGGACUGAAGUGAUUUUAGCUACAUCAAGUGAUGAAAAACACCCUCCUGAAAAUAUAAUUGAUGGGAAUCCAGAAACAUUUUGGACCACCACAGGAAUGUUUCCCCAAGAGUUCAUUAUUUGUUUUCACAAACAUGUAAGAAUUGAAAAACUUGUAAUCCAGAGUUACUUUGUGCGGACUCUGCGGAUUGAAAAGAGCACAUCUAAAGAGCCAGUUGAUUUUGAACAGUGGAUUGAAAGAGAUCUAGUACACACAGAGGGGCAGCUUCAAAAUGAAGAAAUUAUGGCACAUGAUGGCCACGCCACUUAUUUGAGAUUCAUUAUUACAUCAGCCUUUGACCAUUUUGCAUCUGUGUAUAGCAUUUCUGCAGAGGGAAUAGCAAUCUCAAAUCUUUCUUAAUAAUUAUAAGAAAAUGCUUUUGUAUGAUUUUUUAAACAAUAUAUUUAUUUAAAAAUAAAGUUGUCAUUGAUAUACUUUAUUAAAGGGAUUUAUAUCA